CGCCGACGCAGCGAGGGCUUUAGGGCUGCGCGCGAAAGGCUCCUUGUUCAAGCGAGCGCGGGAGUCGCGGUCGGAGCGUCGGCGGGCGAGCGGCCUCUCAAGGGGAGCCUCGAAUCCCAGGUUUUGGCUUUAAAAAGAAACAUGAAUUCUAAAAUGAAGCCACAAUCCAAUACCGAAAAGCAUCCCUCUGUGAAGCAGGUUUCUACAAAUAAUACAAACUGCACAUCCCAGAGGCAGACCCUUAAGAUGAUACAGCCAUCUAUUACAGGUUGCCUGGUGGGCAGGACGAACGAGGCUAAGUCUUCAAUCAAGAAAAACAGUUGGAAUGAUCAGCUUAUCUCAAAAAAACCUGAGGCUGCUGAUAAAAUAGAACAGAGAAACGUAAGAGGAGCGAUCCAACCUUCUGAUCUUACAACAAAAGGCAAUCCUUCAUUCCAGUAUUGGAAAGAAUUGGCUGAGGAGAGGAGGAAAGCCCUGCAUGAGGUUUUACAAGAAAAUGAAAAGUUGCAUCAAGAAAUUGAAUUAAAAACUAGUGAAAUUGCUCGUCUAAAAGAAGAAAAUGAAGAACUGUCAGAACUAGCUGGCCAUGUUCAUUAUAUGGCAAAUAUGAUAGAGCAAAUAACUGGAAAGGCACCAGAAAGCCUAGAUAUUUUGAAAAAUUUAGAUAUGGAAGAAAUUGAAUAUGAAGACUAUGAUUCUGCCGAGGAAGAUUUAGAUGGUGAAUCUGAAGAGGAACAUUCAAAUUUUUCCAACAGUUCUACAGAUGGUGUUGUGGAUGUGCCUCUAAAUUGAGAAAGUAACCUCUGAAAGUAUUGGCCUCCAAAGGGGGGGGGGGGAGGCAGAGCA